AUGUCAAAGGGUAAUCGUCUGUUGCGCUUGUUUCCAAGAUUUUUCAAAACUGACAGCAAGAUUAACAACAAUGCCACUGGAGAAAUUAAGGGGCCCUUAUGUUACAUUGUGUUCCUCGAUGACUCAGAGCAGAGAUUUAUUUAUAAGAACAGCUGGAAAGGUCAGACACUAUUUGAUCAAGUAUGUGAGCUGAUAAAUGUGUCAGAAAAGAUCUACUUUGGGCUGAGAUUUAUUGAUUCCACAGGUCAGGCGCAUUGGCUGGAUUUGGGGAAGUCAGUGGCUUCACAACUGAAAGGAUGCUCAUCCAGUCCAAGGUUGUACUUUGGGGUAAAGUUCUAUGCAGCAGAUCCGUGUAAACUUCAAGAAGAAAUUACCAGGUACCUGUUUUUCCUUCAAGUCAAAAGAGAUAUUUUACAAGGCCGAUUACCUGUUUCAUUUGAGGAGGCAGCUGAACUUUGUGCUUAUGCAGUACAAUCUGAGUUGGGUGACUUUGACUCAAGAUAUCACACACCUGGCUAUGUGUCAGAAUUCAGCUUCUUACCCAGCCAGACUGAAGAAUUGGAAGCCAGGAUUGCAGGCAUGCAUCGACGAUGCCAAGGAGCCACACCCAUCAUGGCAGAGCAGAAGUUUCUGGAGAAAGUGAAAUGGCUAGAAAUGUAUGGUGUUGAUCUCCAUCCAGUACAGGAUGAAGGCAAUAUGGAGUACUACCUAGGUCUAACACCAACCGGCAUUGUUGUCUUUAAACACAGAACUAAGAUUGCUAGUUAUUUCUGGCCCAGGGUAACUAAAGCAAGCCGUAAGGGUAAAACUUUCACCAUAAAGGUCAGGGAUAAAAAUAAUGACGAGCGCACAUAUGCAUUUGAACUGUCCACCAAGUCUGCAUGCAAGCAUUUGUGGAAAUGUUGUCUUGAGCACCACACAUUCUUUAGUGAAAGAGCAGAGAGACUGGCUGCAUAUGAAAUAGGUCUAGAGACCAGCCAAGGGUGCAGAGAGCCCCCAGCCGAAGAAAAGCUAGAAGGGUUAAUUCUGAAUCCAGACUUAACA